AUGAUAUGUCGCAUCGGUUUUCGGGGCUUCGCGCAAAACCAUGUUAUCAAAGGAGCUUCCAUAAGGUCUCCUGUCGUGCCAUACUUUCCUCGCGGAGUCCGCCUCCGUCUCCGUCCAGGACACCACCGGACCGACGCGUCCUCCGCAAUCGUCCCUGACUUGGAAAAAUGGCGUACCACCUCCAUUUCGAGCACAGUCUCUGACACGAUAUACGCGCUGUCAACUGCACCGGGUCGCGCUGCGAUAGCGGUAAUCCGCAUAUCUGGUCCAGCAUGUCUUCAAGUACAUCGCAAGCUUUGCCCCACCCGACCCUUGCCCAAGCCUCGCACCGCGACCCUGCGAAGACUCUACAAUCCCCAAGACUCGGAUAGUCCACACGCUCGAAUUCUCGACCGUGGCGCGCUCAUCCUAUACUUUCCCGCACCGAAUACGGUGACAGGUGAAGAUAUACUCGAGCUACAUGUCCAUGGUGGACCGGCGAUUGUUCGUUCGGUGCUGGAAGCGGUAUCAUUAUGUGGACAGUGCGGUCAAGAUGUAGGAAGCCUAAUUCGACAUGCCGAACCCGGCGAAUUCACGAAACGGGCAUUCUACAAUGGAAGACUAGACCUUACACAAGCAGAAGCAUUGGGUGAAACGCUUGCCGCGGAGACAGAGCAACAGCGUCGUCUGGCCGUUAGUGGUGCAGAUGGAGGACUUGCGAAGCGAUAUGAAGAGUGGCGCACAAUGCUGCUCUACGCUCGUGGGGAGCUUGAGGCCCUGAUCGACUUCUCUGAAGACCAGCACUUUGAUGAGUCGCCGGUCGAAUUCAUGGCUUCGGCCUUCGAACAGGUCACCGCCCUAAAGAGACAGAUCGAUAUCCAUCUCCAGAACGCGUCCAAGGGAGAACUGUUGCGAAACGGGAUCAGCAUUGCAUUGCUGGGCGCUCCCAAUGCCGGCAAAAGUUCCUUGCUCAAUUGCGUUGUCGGUCGAGAGGCAGCUAUUGUCAGUACCGAAGAAGGCACCACAAGAGAUAUUGUGGAUGUCAGCGUCGAUCUUGGCGGCUGGCUUUGCAGACUGGGCGAUAUGGCUGGAUUGCGUGCCACUGGUCCUGCCGGUGAGGGCCAAGGUCCCGUCGGCAUGGUGGAGCAGGAGGGCAUUCGCCGUGCACGGGAGCGAGCUCGACAAUCCGAUGUUGUAGUGACUCUAUUAUCCAUCGAAAAACAUGCCGAUGGGAAGCUCCAUGUUCCUGUCAACGGCCAGGUUCUCGAUGCGGUGAAAGAGUGCCAUGCUGCAGGAAAAGCUAUUCUCCUCGUCUUGAACAAGGUGGACUUGGUGGAACCGGAUGAUCAACGGGAAGACGUUGUGAACAACCUACGAUCACAGAUCAAUCAAAUCCUUCCAACUGUCCCCGCCAAACGAAUCUGUGUCGUCUCUUGCAAAGAUGCAGCAACUGAUGUCGGAAACUCCGACCCGGGUGGAAUUCAAACGUUCCUUCAGGGAAUUACGGGCGUCCUGACUGAUCUGACCACUGCAUCAAUCGGUGAAGAUACUACGUCAAUGACUCCUGCCGAAGCUCGGUCUUACUGGAAUGCGUCGUUGUCCGUCACGCAUCGUCAGGCCGUACACCUCCAGCAGUGUUUACGUCAUCUCAAUGAUUUCCUCGGCCACUCUCACCCACCCAAGCCCUUGGCCCAUGAGUCUCCUGCUUAUCAUGUUGAUGGACAAGAUGAUUUGGUUGGUCCAAAUACCUCUGUCCAAAACGACGUUGACAUCGUCGCCGCUGCGGAAAGUCUUCGCUUUGCAGCCGAGUGCCUUGCUAAGAUCACGGGCAAAGGCGAUGGAGGUGAUGUGGAGGAUGUGCUGGGCGUGGUCUUUGAAAAGUAA